AUGCAAUUGAACGUUGAAAAUAAAAUAGCCGUUGUCACCGGUGGAACUCGUGGAUUAGGGCUCUACUGUGCCGAGGCAUUAGUUGAAAAUGGAAUCAAAACCAUUGUCAUCACCUCACGUAAAGCUAAAGCUUGUGAGGAAGCAAAGAAGCACUUGGAGGAUUUAGCCAAAAGGAAUGGCAAGUCGGCUGAAGUUAUUGCAAUCCCAGCUGAUUUGGCAGUCGAAGAGCAAGCGGUCAAUUUCCACAAAGAAGUGGCAAAGAGAGUCGACAAGAUUGAUAUUUUCAUUGCCAAUGCUGGUGCUACUUGGGGAGCCGGUUUAGAGGAGCAUAGUGUCUCUGCAAUCAAGAAAGUCAUCAAUUUGAACUUCGUUGCCGUCUAUCACACUAUUCAAUUGUUUACUCCCUUGUUGGAAAAGGCAGCAACUGUGGAAGAUCCUUCUAGAAUCAUCAUCAUGUCUUCCAUAAUUAGUAUUAUAAACAACGAUAUUGUUGGAACUUAUGGUUAUCUCGGAUCCAAAGCGGCUGUUUCUCACUUGGGAAGAAACUUGGCUGUUCAAUUUGCUCCAAGACACAUCAACGUCAACUCCAUCUUGCCUGGAUUCUUCCCAACCAAGAUGGCUAAUGGAUUGAUUGAAGUUGCAGGUAAGGACUUGACAGAGACCAAUCCAAGAGGCAGAUUGGGAGAGGCCGAAGACUUGAAGGCAGUUGUUUUGUUCUUGUGCUCAAAGCAAGCAAACUAUAUCAACGGUGUUGAUUUGCCAGUCGAUGGAGGUGCUCGUUUGAACAACCCAGCAGCCCAUUUCUAA